UGCUCUUCGCUCCGCAAAAGAGGGUGACCUGGCGGCAAAGAAGACUGGCCACAUCUCAGAAAAGGCGGUCAGUGCUCGCAUUACCCGGAGGGAGUUGGCACUGCACUGCCGGAGGAGGACCAGGGGGGUGGAGGAGACCACCAGAUUGAUUGGGUCACUGAUUGAUCAGUUUGACAGUGCGGAUGGGAAGGACACCCUGGGAGUUCCUCUGCUGGACCACUAACGGAUCCAGCAGAUAUGGAAGGAACAGCGCAAGCACGUCCAGUGUAUCCAAGACCCAGAGGACUUUCCGCUGUACAUGAAGACAGGGACACUGAAGAAAGGCGGCGUGGAGCUGUGCUGCUACAGGUGUGCUCGUGGCUCUACCUCCUUGGAGUCAUUCCACCUCCACCUGAACCGUUUUAUUCCAGGAACCAGUGCCAGCGAUGCGCAUUUUCAGGCCUAUCUCCUUGAGGGCUUGAUGCGUUGGAAUGAUGACCGAAUGGAAGACGCCAUAAAACGGGCGUCCUCCAUUCGGACAUAUGGCAGUGCCAUGAGCGAGGCUGUGGACCGGCUUAGCCGAACAGUCUUUGGGAAGCCCUGGGAUGAGCGCUAUCGCCCUCCUGGAGCAUAUACAGGUGAAUUGCUGGGAAUCGAGUACCUUUACAGCCAGACUGGCAAAACACUGACUCCAGUGCUCCAGAACCCAGAGGAGGAAGACCGGUUGGUGGAGGAGGUUGAUGAUCAGGACCUGCUAGAUGAGGGGUUUGAGGAAGAGAGCAUGGAGGACAUCACAGUUCCAGUGCUGUAUGAGGAUGACCCCUGCCUCAGAAACACCCCCUCAUCUUUGCCUCUGCCUCAGUCCCCAGCAUCACUGGCUGAGCCGUCCACAUCAUCUGGAGGAGAGGGACAGCAUCUCGCCCCUGCCUCUUCAGUGCUGUCACAGACAUCUGACACUGGAAGCAGUGUCUCCGGCGAGGCUCAGGGAGCAGUCAUUGGACCUGAUGGCAUCGCUGGGUGGGACAAGGUCCAGGAUCUGGCUGGUUUCCUGGUGGGUCUUCGUGAGGCUCCUUACCUCACCGACCUGCAGGUUACAGAGGCCAUCCAGCUGUGGACCGCUCUCCCUGAUGUUGAUAAACAGCGGGUCAACUAUCAGCCUCGACAUCAGCCUCAGCUGACACAUGGGCGCUUUAAGGCACCGAAGCGGUCCGGAGUCACACCGGGUGUGGAGAGUGUGAAACGGUGUCUAAUUGGACAUCCUGGGGGUCCAGCACAGUGGCCCAGCACCAGCCGCUUGGUUGAGGCCAUUUGUAUGAAGCUGUGUGCUUUACACAAGUCACCGACCAAGAAGGCUGGAGUUUCCACCCCCAGGUGGUCUAAAAUCCUUUCGGAUUACCACCACAUCCGAGAGCUGGUGCUUAACAAUCAAAGGCUGAUGGAUGAAACAAUGAUCCAACUGUUUGAGCUGAACCAGAGGACACUCAUUCAGUGGUUUCAACGGCAGCAGAAGAAUCAGGAAUUGAGUGUCCUCGUCCAGGGACUGACUCCAUCUGACCCAAUAGAUGUGGCUGAUGUGCAGCUUCCUCUGCCGAGGGAAAAAUUGGAUGACGUGCCAUCAACAUCAGGCCCAAAACAUCAAUUUAUCCUUCCGCCAAAUCGAGAAGGACAGGCUCCAAUUCUGCGACCGGGUCGCCGGCCCGCUGCUGCCAAAAGGGAGUGCCCUAUCGCACCCGUCCCCACAGCAGCAGGAGUUGUGCAGCCCAUUUCAGCACCUGGGUCACUGUUAGGCACACUAGUGCUUAACCCAGACAUGACUGUGUCAAUAGUGAUUCCAUCUGCUGGUGCUUUGACAUCCGGUCCAGGCCCAGCUCCGCCUGCUCCAGUGCCUGCUCCAUGCCUGCUCCAGUGCCUAAUCCAGUGCCUGCUCAAGUUCCUGCUGCUCCUGUGUCCCGUUACACCCAGAGGAACAGGCGCCGGCGGGCCCUGGAGACGGAAAGCGGAGUCCAUAAGAGGAAUGCCUGCUCCAGUGCCUAAUCCAGUGCCUGCUCAAGUUCCUGCUGCUCCUGUGUCCCGUUACACCCAGAGGAACAGGCGCCGGCGGGCCCUGGAGACGGAAAGCGGAGUCCAUAAGAGGAAGUAUGUGCGAGGGGUUACUUUUAACACAUGCAGCAAAUGUGGGCAGCCCAAAACUAAAGAGUUUGGUCAUAGCCGAUAUGGGAAUGCCACAUUUUGCUCACGCUCCUCUAAUGGAAAAGAAGGUUUAAACAAGAAGAUUUAA